UCACGUGAUCACGCGGGCCGGAAAAAAGGAACCCUAGGCCGCCCGACGCCCACACAGGUUGGCGAGGGGGUUGGGAAGGGGCGGGACAACGCGGCUGAGGAGGACUGCGCCUGCGCCAUGGGACUCGCACGCCCUACCACUUCCGGCCCUCUCACAAAGGAACAAUGGUGCUGCCCAAACCUGGGAUCUAUUACUUCCCCUGGGAGGUCAGUGCCGGCCAAGUUCCUGACGGGGGCACACUGAGAACAUUCGGCAGGUUGUGCCUCUACGACAUGACCCAGUCCCGAGUGACCCUGAUGGCUCAGCAGGGAUCUGACCAGCACCAGAUCCUCAUCUGUACCAAGCUGGUGGAGCCGUUCCAAGCCCAGGUGGGCUCCCUGUACACUGUCCUUGGGGAGCUGGAGCACCAGAAGGACGGAGGUUUCGUGGUGAAGGCCCGGGUGCUGACUUGUGUGGAAGGAAUGAAUCUACCCUUGUUAGAACAAGCCAUCCAGGAGCAGAGGAUGUACCAGCGAGAGAGGGACAGCAGCCAGUAGGAAAUGGCAACUCCUGGCAACCCCCGCAUCCAACCUGCUCCUGGGGCCAAGCCAACUGGAGAUGCCAGAGCUGCUGCAGAGAGGACGCAGGAGCUUCCCUGGAGUGACAGCCUUUUUUGGAGCCAGAGGGAAGAGGAGGGGUUAUUAAUUUGGGAUUGUCCCAGAAAUGAAAGCCCAGAGAGCAAGUGCCAAA